AUGGAUGCAAUACAACGGGCUUACAAUAUAGUGUUUUACGAAAGAGCAGAUCACCGCGUGAAAGACUGGACGCUGAUGACAUCACCGAAGCCGCUGGCCGCCAUCAUAGCCACGUACCUGAUCACCAUCAAGCUGAUACUACCAGCUUACAUGAAGAACAGGAGACCAUAUGAACUGAGGAGUAUCAUUAAGUGGUAUAACGUGGUGCAGAUUGUGGCAAACGCUUUUGCGACUUGGGGGAUUAUGACAUCAGGAUGGACAACAACAUACCACUUCGGCUGCAUGCUACCAGACUACUCCAUGAACCCAGAAGCAUUGAGGAUGCUCAGAUUUCUCUGGUGGACAGUAAUUCUGAAACUUCUGGAACUGUUCGAGACGGCGUUCUUCAUAUUGAGGAAGAAGGAACGACAGGCUUCAUUUCUCCACGUUUAUCAUCACGUCAGUACGCUGAUCAUUAUCUGGUCUGCACUGAAGUAUGUUGGGGGUGGAAUAACAUCAUUUUCUCCGAUGAUAAACAACUCGGUACACGUGAUCAUGUACAGCUACUAUCUGCUAUCUUCAGAGGGGAGCCCUAAGUUGAAGGCUACCCUUAUCAAGUAUAAGAAAUGGCUCACUAUUAUGCAGAUGAUCCAGUUUACAAUCAUGAUAAUAUACUCAGCACAAGUGUUCCUGCCGAGUUGUCCCGCACCGCUGGGCAUCACUAUACUAUACUUUCCAAACGUCAUAUUUGUAUACUACAUGUUUUACAACUUCUUUAAAAAAAGCUAUUUAACAGAUAAGAAAGCUAAUAAGAAUGGUUUCGGAAAAAAUAUUUAA